UUUAAUUCGCACCUUAAUUAAAGUAUUCUAUCUCGGACCAUGGACUGUUCUUUGUCACGGACCUCGGGACUAUUGAGGUGCUUCGUUGCAUGAUAUAGUAAUAUUUUCAUGAGUGCGCUGUUGUGGGUGGGAUUGUACUGCAAAAGAUUCAAAGCGUAGGCUAUAGGUUUAUGGAUUCGGGACUCACACGGCGAGGACCCAUGGAAGCUGCGACAAAUGUGGACAUGAUGCAGUAAACUUCGAGUAAAGGAUAGUUAUGAAUGGGCGAAUUAAAUUGUGUCGGUAUAUUGCAAUAAUAGAACAAUAAUGGAUGGUUUUUGUUACGUGCUAUAUUGCAUAGUGACUAAACUUGAGCUGUAAUGCAAAGCCUACAUGGGUUUUGAUAUCGGCGCUGACAAUAUAUUUAUGUGUGGCAACGUAAACAUUUGGAUUAUCUUUGAUUUAACAUAACGGUGAGAGUCGUUAACCAAAGACUGGUUAUCUCUACAUGGCUUGUCGUGAUUUGGCGCGGGGGAAUUCAAUAAACAUAAUGCCUUCUCUUCGUUUCGCGUAAUCUGAACAUUACGUUUUAAUCUUAAAAAUAGGAAAAGUAGUGUGCGUGCGUUUGGGCUUUGCGCUCCUCAGGAAUCCUGUGAUUUGUGUGAUUGGCCAAUAUCAAAAUGCCCACCUCACGCUCGGGCGCUAGCCCCGUGGAAUACUGGGUCGAUGGCUCGCGCCGAGAUGUCUCCAUGGAGGAGUUCUACACCAUAGGCCCUGAACUGGGAAGGUAGAGUACUGAACUGUGUGUUCCUUAAUUGACACCAAUGUGUAAACACCACCAGCAUCAUCACCUUCAUAACUAUCAAAAGGGUUGUUUCUGGUCAUGUUCUGUAGAAACAUACAGUAUUAUAUGAGUGGAAUUCCAUCCAUUGGGAUCUAGUUUGUCAUAUUAAUCUAUGGGUAUAGCUAAAGGGUUCAUUUUGAAAUACCAUGUUUAAAAUGUCAGUAUUCAUCUAAUGUGUCUAUCUCAUAGUUUAGAUUUGAUACUCUAAGACAGACAGAACACACAUUCAUGUACAAUUCAUCAAUUACAUGCGGAGUUCAGGCCAUGGACAGCUCCUCCUGACAAUUCAUCUCCCAUCCUCUCACCUCACAAGUAGCCUACUAAAAUUAUUGUCAAGACACAUUCAACAUGUCAACACAGUAUUUUCACUCUGUCAGAGAUCUUCUGCCCAACAUGUUUGCUAUGGAAAUGGGACAUCAUGGAAAACAGGCUCAACAUCCGGCCUAAUUAUCACUGGACAACAGUGAAACGUGAGGGCAUUAGUGCAAGUAUGGAGAGGAAACAGGUUUUAAGACCCAUUUUCUGAGGCUUUAUAUGGAAUCUCCCAUUUCCAUUACCUCUGAACCCUCCACUCCCAUCAGUCCAUAUGCCUCUAUGGCUUAAGUAUGCUUUUACAUCACGUCCAGAUUGACAAUGUCAACUUGUCAAUAUUUGUCACUUGGAGUGAGAGUCAGUGGAGUGUUGAAGUUUGGAGGUCUGACUGUCAAAUGGAGUGACCAUUGGAGCCCUUCUGUGCAUUCAUGCAUUUGGUGAGGUCAUUUGGCAACAAGCGUAAACAACAAAAUCCCACCAUGUCAGAGAGACAGGUGGUCCUGACUCCUAACUGAAAACACCUGAUUCACACUAUAGGGCACAACCAAUCCAAGCCAAGCAGAUCUGUACUGGGCUGGCCUGGUUACACAACCACCAUAUAGCUGGUGUAACCGUGCUGGAAAGAUCAAUGUGUAAAGACAAUAUCCGAACCAGCACAGUGCAGUUGGGAUUGGCCCUGUACUAUGAGUCAGUCAAAAUAUUUCCAUUAGACAGCUGUGGAACAGGUAAAAGCCUCAGAAUGCAGCUCUAAUGCUACCAUGUCUGUUAUACUACAUCUCAUUUUAUUUGAACUGUAUUAGCAGUUCUCUCCUCUCCUGCAACUGCGUAAAGGAUGGACACCAAUUUUGUCACCAAAUUCUGUGUGAGACUGAAAAGAGAGAUCUCACUGUCAGCGGUAAAACAUAAACUGUAUACCGAGCUCUCAAAAAGCUGGCUAUACGUGCCCCUAUAGGACUUAAAUAGAUAACACUGGACUAAAAUCCAAUGAUAUGGUGAUUACAAAAUGUUGCUAGAAUUAGCAGUAAUAAUUGAACACCAACAGCGCAUAUUGACUCAGAAUCGGAUGUUUACCGAAUGAAUCAUCAUCGGUGAUCGGCAUUUGAUGAUGUCUCUACAGUUAGUCGUUAGUCAACAAUAGGCCAGUUCAGCCACAGGUACCUGCUUCAUGCAUGUAUGCAUACUGUAUAUGUACAUAACCUACUCUCAGUUUCCUCGGCCUCCCCAUAUAAGGGCGUGCAUGGUUGUUAGGGGUCUACUUUUCGAGGAGAGGGUUCCUGGUUGCCAAGGAGACCCUAAAGCUAUGAGAGUAGAGUCGAGAGGGCUGCGGAUUAUGCCUGGAUUGUAUUAGCAGGAGCAGGACAGCUGGAGAUGUAGGGACUCAUUUCCUAAGCAGGCCAGGGCACAGCGCUGUGCCCACAUAGGGAUACUACUGAGGGGAAAUCCCAGAUUAGAUGGCUGCUGGCUGCUGCCAGUACGCACUCAUUAUUACACAGUCUUAUGUAGAAACAUUUUAAAUAGUGUUUUUUACAUUGGAAAAAAUUAGAGACUCAGAGCUAGAAAAUUGUAUAUCAUACACUACAGUUGAGGAACAAUGGGAAAUUAAUUCUGCUUUGAAAGUUGAUAAACUUGUAACCCCACUUUUGAGAACAUCUACUGGAGAGCUCUUCUUUGUCUACACCCAUUCAGCAUAAUUCACAACCUCUUAAGCCUUAGCUCCACCCAUCUCUCUAAGGAUUCACAUGUGCUAAACAGUGUACUAAACAACCAAAUAUUUAAAGACUAAAGGCUGGUUUAUACUACGUCUAUCGACAUGUCUGUAGACAGUUGUCGCAGUGACAUCAUGAACAUUCUAUUGUCGUCCGACAUCAAACUUGUUGUUGUCAUUAUGAAAAAGUAUAAACACAAAAACGACAGGCUGGUGGUGCAAAAUAGCAUAACUGGUGUAUUUUAACACCAAUAAACCCAUCCGUUUAAAAAUGAAUUCAGUAUAUGUCAAUCUAGCAUACCAGGCAACUAAAAGCAACUUUCUAAACAAUGUUUUGGUUAGUUUCUAGCUUGUUAGCUAGCUAGCUAACACUAAGUUAGCUGGCUAGGCAGUUCAAAUAAUGACUAAAUCAUAGCUGACAACGUCUUAACUUUAGCUAAUAUUUAUUAAUUAUUACAGGAAAAUAAACUCAUUAUUUACAAGUUAAUGGCGAGCUAAUUACAGAAAUAGCUUACGGUUGUGAGUGUGCCGAAAUAAAAGCAGGGCAUUCUAUCGGAGCAGGGCAUUCUACCAAAGCUGUUAUCAAGGCAAAGGGUGGCUACUUUGAAGAAAUGUGUUUAACACUUUUUUGGUUACUACAUGAUUCCAUAUGUGUUAUUUAAUAGUUUUGAUGUCUUCAUUAUUAUUCUACAAUGUAGAAAAUAGUAAAAAUAAAGAAAAACCCUGGAAUGAGGAGGUGUGUCCAAACUUUUGACUGGUACUGUAUAUGUAUUUACUUAUGAUGAUAUGAGCUUUUUACAUAAUACUUACAAACAAUGAAAUAAUGAUUCAUAAGCAGUUCAUGAGCAGAACUUAAGCUAAAAUGCUGAAUCAUUGCACUAUGGAGAGACAGCCAUUUGAUCAUAGUUGUAGAUGUUGAUUGAUUGUUCUUCUUCCCAGGGGGGCUACGUCAGUGGUAUUUCGCACUGAGGAGAAGCAGACACAGAAGCCCUAUGCUGCAAAGGUCCUCAAGAAGACUGUGAGUCCUUCCUUCGGCCAUUUUGAACAUCUGAGUUACACUAAGUAUCAUAUCAUAUUAAUGCAUAUUAAUCAAUUUCAGAUUGACAAGAAAAUAGUGCGGACUGAAAUUGGAGUUCUGCUGCGACUUUCCCACCCAAAUAUUGUAAGAGUUCACCGUUUUCUUUUACCUUUAUUGUUAUCUGAGACACCACUUUCAAAAAAAAGACUAUCCAUGAUUGACAUUUCUAAGACUAUCCAUGAUUGACAUGAACUAUAGUGGUGACUUGUUGUAGGACACUAGUAACUAGAAUGUUUUUGACAUACACUGAAAAAAUAUAUAAACGCAACAUGCAACAAUUUCAAAGCUUUUACUGAGUUAGAGUUCAUAUAAGGAAAUAAAUUCAUUAGGCCCUAAUCUAUGGAUUUCACAUGACUGGGAAUACAGAUAUGCAUCUGUUGGUCACAGAUACCUUAAAAAAAAGGUAGGGGCGUGGAUCAGAAAACCAGUCAGUAUCUGGUGUGACCACCAUUUGCCUCAUGCGGCGCGACACAUCUCCUUCACAUAGAGUUGAUCAGGCUGUUGAUUGUGGCCUGUGGAAUGUUGUCCCACUCCUCUUCAAUGGCUGUGUGAAUUGGCGGGAACUGGAACACGCUGUCGUACACAUCGAUCCAGAGCAUCCCAAACUAGGUGAUAUGUCUGGUGAGUAUGCAGACCAUGGACGAACUGGGACAUUUUCAGCUUCCAGGAAUUGUGUACAAAUCUUUGCGACAUGGGGCUGUGCAUUAUCAUGCUGAAACAUGAGGUGAUGGCGGCGAAUGAAUGGCACGACAAUGGGUCUCAGGAUCUCGUCACGGUAUCUAUAAUAAAAUGCAAUUGUUGCCCAUUCCAUAACCCCACCGCCAACAUGGGGCACUCUGUUCACAACGUUGACAUCAGCAAACCACUCACCCACAUCUGCCCAGUACAGUUGAAACUGGGAUACAUCCGUGAAGAGCACACUUCUCCAGCGUGCCAGUGGAAUUUUUUUAUAAUUUUUUAGUUAAAAACACAUUUUUAUUUACAAUGACGGCCAAUUGCAUGCUCCCUCGAAACUUGAGACAUCUGUGGCACUGUGUUGUGUGACAAAACUGCACAUUUUAGAGUGGCCUUUUAUUGUCCUCAGCACAAGGUGCACCUGUGUAAUGAUCAUGCUGUUUAAUCAGCUUCUUGAUAUGCCACACCUGUCAAGUGGAUGGAUUAUCUUGGCAAAGGAAACAGGGAUUUAAACUAAUUUGUGCACCAAAUUUGAGAGAAACAAGCUUUUUGUGGAUAUGGAAAAUGUAUGGGAUCUUUUAUUUCAGCUCAUUAAACAUGGGAUUGCAUUUAUAUUUUUGUUCAGUGUAUAUUGUUUUGUUAACCAUUUCUAAGAGCAUGAUUAAAACUUUAAUGGUGACUUCUUCUUUCUAGUAGCAUUAAUGUUUUUGAAAUGUUGUCUUGUGUUUUUCCAACAUUUAGUGGUUUUCUCAAUCUCAUCUUCCUCUCUAACCUGUGGUUUGGGCCCUCAGAUCCGCCUGAAGGAGAUUUUUGAGACGGAGACCGACAUCGCCCUCAUCUUGGAGCUGGUUACCGGAGGGGAACUCUUUGACAGGUGAUUACGCCCAAAAAUAUGCCACCCCCAUGACCCCGUCUAAACCCCAAAUUCUUGCUGAAAUUGGUUUCACUUCGGCGGGGCCAGAGGUGGAACCAGUGGCCUCACGCGAUCCCCCCCGUUCCAUUUCCCUGCUUUGUCAUUAGCAGAAAUGUAUGACACAGGCUUUAUUGAGAUGCAGAGUAUAAAAGGAUUAGAAAAUGACAUUUGUAAUGGCCCUCACCAGCACUGUUGCCAAGGAAACGAUUAGAAGACUGGUUGGAGCACAGGCCCCACCCAAUCUGUAGAACUCAUUAUGAAUAUUACGCAAUAUCAUAGACCCUUUCUCUACUGUUCUUUUGUAUUUUGGUAUAAUAGCACUGUAACCAAAUUAAAUUGUUUUUUAAUCUCUUUAUCCUACUAUCACCUUAUAGGUUUAGCAAAGUUUGACAGUAACAACUGCCUACAAUUCUCUCCAUGUUUUCUGACUUUCACAGAGUUAAGAAUGGAAGAAUCUCUCAAAGUGGGGCAUUUGAACUCUGUGUAACGUUUUGACUCCUUGUCCGUUUGUCUCUUUCAGGAUUGUGGAGAGAGGGUACUACAGCGAGAGAGAUGCUGCCCACGUCAUCAAGCAGAUUCUGGAGGCAGUGGCGGUAAGAGAUGUGAUUGAAUGGCCACUGAUGAGCUAUUGAGUAGGACUGUGCCUUAUGAAAUCAAAUGCCUUGGAAUUUAGAAUGAAUUCUUAGAUGCACAUCACGCCUCUAUGCAGAGAAGAGAGAGAUGCUGUUCCUGCUGCGUGUCUUGUCUUUCAGUAUAAUUGCAUCAUUUGGCUUCAAUAGAAAACAGGUCAACAUGGAGCUGAGGGAGACUUUUCAGUGUUGACGUUUUGACAAAGCUUGUUCAGUCGAGACAGGUCUCUUAUCCUUAGGAAAAUCGUAGGAAAAUACACAUACUUUAAGGCUUAAAGCUCAAUUUGUUUCAAGUUUGCUCUUAUCCAGGGGCUACUGUGUCCAGUCACUGCACUGAAUUUUGAGACUUAACGGUACACUUACUUUGAGUCAUAAUCGCAUUUCAUCUUAAAGGUCAAUAUGUUCAGAUUGUUAUUUUUGGUGUGGGCGAGUAUGUGCAACUGCAAUCACUGCACUUAACUUGCAGUCGGCGUUGAGUGGUAUUUCAGGCAGAAUGAUACCUGAACCCCAAAAAUAGAAGAUUAUCAUUUAGCCAGUGGAAAAUGCCACUAAACAAUGUUUUGGGGUUUAGGACUUGGCAAUGGCAUCAAUGAAUAUCAACGAGAAGAUUAGUGUGAGAGCCUUUAUUUGGAAAUACAAUGUAUUGUAAUCCCAGGAUACAGGCAGCUAGGGGCUUGGCUGCACACACACUCACACUCACACGCCACGCACACACUAUGUUUCUCUGGGCGGUAGAUAUGGGUCAGAUGUGUCGUCAGAUAGGUGUGUGGCAGAUAGGUGUGUGUGAGUGUACGUGUGUUUGAGUGACUCUACGCACGUGUGUGUAUCUGUGCGCAAGUGUGUUUAGUGCACCACAAGUGUGAAUUAAUCCUCUCAGAGAUCCAUCAAAAUCCCCCCCCCCCCCCACUCUUAAUCUUCUGACCAAGAGAGGUAGCAGGGAUGUGGGCUGCCUGUUAUGUAACAGUGCUAGCGAGUACGUGCCUGUGUGACAACCAACCAAACCGCUGCUGUGCGGCCCAUAAAGCCUGCUUUUGGUUUCUAAAGCAUGCUUAACGCUGGUGGCUGUGUGGUGGAAUACAUUUAAUCCACGCGUGCUUUUAAUCUGAAGUAAGGGUUCAUCAUUUGUUUAUGAGUGUUCUUGUGUGUGUGUGUGUGUGUGUGCAUGGAGGCGUGUGUGUGAGAGUGACAGAGAGAAGGGGCAAUGCAGAGUUCAAGUUUGGAGUUUUGUUUAUGUGUGGGUGGACAAGCAUAACCACUCAUGCCAUCUUUCUGGGGUUUCUUCCCCUCACUGCGUCAUCUCAUAGUUAAUCACCUCAGAGCUACUUAUAAUGUCAUAAUGUUGUAAAUAUGAUUGCUGAGUAUAUAUGCACUGCAUGUUCCCUAUAUACAGUUAACUACCAAAAUAUAAGAAACACUGAUACAAAGUAUAUUGAAAGCAGGUGCUUCCACACAGGUGCGGUUAACAUCCUAUAAUGCUUAGGGUCAUGUAUAAAAAUGGCCAGUUAUUUAUUAUUAUUUUGCCUAACAUGGCUAGAAGAAGAGAUCUCAGUGACUUUGAAAGAGGGGUCUAAAACGAGCAUAGGUGGUUUAACACUUAUGGGAGAUUCUGGAGCGGCGCCUGAGACAGCGUUUUCCACCACCAUCAACAAAACACCAAAUUAUGGAAUUUCCCGUGGAAGAAUGGUGUUGCAUCCCUCCAAUAGAGUUCCAGACACUUGUAGAAUCUAUGCCAAAGUGCAUUGAAGCUGUUCUGGCCCAACGCCCUAUUAAGACACUUUAUGUUGGUGUUUCAUGUAUUUCGGCAGUUACCUGUACAUCAUACCUGCCAUGCGAGACAUAUAAUAAAGCUCCUGUCUUGCACGGUACCAACACAUUUUAUUGCUUCAUAUUGUGUGGUGUGAGCCCCGUGAAAUGUACAUUUGUUUUACAUUUUAGUAAUUUAUCCAGAGCGACUUACAGGAGCAAUUAGGGUUAAGUGGCUUGCUCAAUGACAGAUUUUUCACAGUCAGCUCGGGGAUUCAAACCAGCAACCUUUUGGUUACUAGCCCAAUGCGCUUAACCACUAGGCUACCUGAAUGGAACAUUUAUUUUUUCCAUUUGGCAUUUUGCCUCUGUGUGUAGGCCUUUCUAUAGGGAUAGUCUGUGUGUAACGAAUCGCCAUAGACAUCAAGGUGACCCCCCCCCCCCCCCCCCCCCCCAUCGUUCUGUACUGUAUCUAGCAGGCUGGUCCCAAUUCUCAGUGUUUUUUGUCAUCUCGUUAAAAAACAACAUCUGUCCAGAGCCCAGCCACACAAACUUAAUUAACACAGCUCGACACCGCUAUGAGUCAUGGGUGUACUUUGGGCCCUCCCCAGCCAGCCAAGCUAGCGUUCUGCGGUGCAGAGCCAGCGCUAAUGGUGGCUGAUUCUCUGAUUUACGACCUUUCUCCCAGGCAGACAGAGCCAGAGCAUCUCAGGGGAGAUGGGUUCAAAAGGUUCUGAGCGAGGACCCAUCAAUAGCCAGUCUGGCAGGGGAGUGAAUAAAGUUUUCCAUUAGAACAAAUAGCAGUCAGGCCAGGCACUUAGUGCCGAUGCUAACUAACUAAUGGCAGACCCAGGGCGUAACCACAGGCUUUCUCGGAGACGUCGCUGGCUAAUUUCCCAGAAUGAGUCCCAGCGUUCGCAGCCAGGAAGGGAAGUGUGCGGUAAUGACAAGUGAGCGUGGCACUCCGUGGGUGUUGUUAGCCGCCCCAGUAGGCCUCAACGGGUAGUCACCGUGGAAACUGGGCAAAUAUUUUGACUAGGCAAUUAUAAGUCUCCUCAUAGGGCCUCUCUGUACCUUUACUAGAGAGGUCCUGACCUUAGCACAAUCAUGAUGAUGACUGUCCAAAUGACAGACCUUAUGAAGACCCAGUGGUGGAAAAAGUACUCAGUUGUCAUACUUGAGUAAAAGUAAAGAUACCUUAAUAGAAAAUGACUGAAGUAAAAUUGAAAGUCACGCAGUAAAAUACUACUUGAGUAAAAGUCUAAAAGUAUUUGGUUUUAAAUAUACUUAAGUAUCAAAAGUAAAAGUAAAGGUAUAAAUCAUUUCAAAUUCCUUAUAUUAAGCAAACCAGACGGCACAAUUUUCUUGUUUUUUAUUUAAUUACGGAUAGCCAGGGGCACACGCCAACACUCAGACAUAAUUUACAAACGAAGCAUUUGUAUACAGACUUGGGAUGUCCCCGACUAAAACAGAUCUUGGUCGACCGUGAGUCAUCCUGUUCUUUCGACCAAUCGAUUGGUCGAAAUGUUUAAACUGAUCUUUUCCAUAUAUAGACAGACACACCCUAUGUGUUUGAAUAAAACCAACUACAUAUGCACUGAGCUUGUCUGAUGCUUUAAGCACACUGUUUGAUUAAAUAAUUAAGACACACAAAUGACUCAUUGUGUUAAAAAAUAUGACAGCGAGUGCCUGUGUGACUGGCACAUGUUGUCUCUCUCCUCCUUACUGCAGUGAAAAGGCACCACAGCACAGCAAGUGUUUAUUGCACUGUCCGUGCUGAAGCUGCAACAUAAUUUCAGCCAUUUAGUUUCAUACUUGUUUCUGACUGAAAAGUUCUGUUACCGAAAUCCCUAAUUUGUUUAGGAAAAACAUUCCAUAUUCCCUCAACCCUUGCUCUCUUUACGUGAAACAUUGCAUGCAUGUGACCAAUUGGGCCUGACCUAUAUCCUAUCAUGAUCACAUCAAUACAUUGGUUAAACUCCGAACACAGUAAUGUCGACAGCAAAAUGGAUGCGGAGGACAUGAAAAAGAAACUUGAAACGGGCAAAUGUUUACUGGUUGCUCAGGAGGGAAAGGGGAAGUCAGGUCUGUGGAAGACAUUUGACUUUGUAAACUACUGGAGAUCAAUAAAAAGGAGGGUAUAGGAGCAAGCAUUGUGUGAGUAUUAUGUGUGCCAAACAGUUGCUGUUAGAUUGCAAUAUUAUUAUUUUUUCUGUGUCAAGCCCUGGCUCUGGGGACUCUUAAAUGUUGAGCCAGGGUGUGGACUUGUUAUGUUUAGUUGUCUAUGGGUGUUCUAGUUCACAUAUUUCUAUGUUGGCCAGGGUGGUUCCCAAUCAGAGGCAGCUGUUGCUUGUUGUCUCUGAUUGGGAACCAUACUUAGGCAGCCUGUUGGCACUUUUGUUUUGUGGGAUCUUGUUCCGGAAGGUUUGUGUAUUUAACCUAGGACUUCACGUAUCGUUUAUUGUUUUGGUUCGUUGUGUGUACAAGUAAUAAAGAUGUACGCUUCUCACGCUGCGCCUUGGUCCGCUUCUUCCCAUAACGAUCGUGACAUUCUGACCAUUUGGAACAGUGUAAACAACACUAAAUAAAUAAGUGUACCAGAGAGUCUGUUCUAACGAAAAAUAUAUAAUAUAUAAAGCCUUUAUUACAGCAGACUAAAAACAGUUGCAUGCUUUUGUGAAUUGCGGUUUAUUUAUUGUUUAGGCGAAUUAUUCAAGCUCCCUUUGUUCUUUAAUUUAAAAAGGAAAAUGCUUGAUUGCAGUUCAAAGCAUGAAUGUCUCCUAUGUUGUGUGAUGGCAUGAAUGAAUGGAUGAUUGAUUGAUUGAUUGAUACAGUAGCCUAUACAGUAUAUUGAAAUAUAGGCCUAAGUAAGUUACGGUAUUAAGACUAAGAAUAAACGGGAUGCACUCUUAGGCCUACAGCUCAAUGGUGGUUAUACAAGGCUACUAUACAAAGCCUACUAAUGAUAACGACAUUACUUAUUAUUAUAAUGAUGAUCAUAAUAAUAGUUGUAAUAAUAACAAUAAGAAGGAGAUCUAGAAAAAGGAGGGUAUAGGAGCAAGAGCUGCAUGCAUAUUAUGUGUGACAAACAGAUGCCAUAAGAUUACAAUAUAAUUUUUCUGCCUGUUUGGAACAGUGUAAAAAAACACUAAAUCAAUUAUAAGUAACACCAGUCUGUUCUAACGACAAAAAAAUUGUAAAGCCUUUAUUACAGCAUAGCAAAGAUUAAAAACAGCAGAAUCUGUGAAAUUGCUUUAUCCGACAUUUUGCCUUUGCAUGAGUAGGCUAUUAAACAAACACUCAAACAGGAAACAGAAGCAGGAUCUGUCUUAUUUCUGUAGAUAAAUAUGGAUGAGUUAUAAAGCCAGGCACAUUUAACAGUUUGGCUACUGAUUAUAUACCUAAUUAAGUUGGGGUUUGCGCUCACCUCAAUUUACACAAUUAGGCAAAGACCUAUUCGCACGGGACUAGUAUUACUAGAGAACAUUGGUUAUGUGAUUAUUACCCCAGAAUGUCAGAAGAUUCGGACGGGAUUAGUUUUUUCCAAAUUGCCCCCUUGUAAAUCUUUAUUUUUUUUCAAAUAAAUUGACAGUUAUGAGGAAAGCCUUGAUGUUUUUUUCUAGGUGUGAAUAUAUUUCAACAAGUCCAGGCGAUAACAGGGCUACACUGAUAACUUGAGCUCGGUUCCCAAGUUUCUAAACCAUACCAAACCAUCUUUGGUAUAGUGUCGCCAUAAUAUUUGAAUUGAGGAAGUGUGAUCAUAAUCAUUAGGAUAUUUUAGCGAUCCGCAGUAGACGUCCUAAAUGCCCCCAGCCUUCAGAUCUGAGCUAAACAGUGCACUUGCACUUGAGAUGGGUUUUAAGGCUAUGGAUGCGAAAGUGAAUGUAUCCUUUCCAAACGUUUAGGUCAGUUGUAUGCUGCUUUGCGAGCUAUUAACAGCAAGGAUUACAUUAAAUAGGCGCAAUAUUUUUUACUGACGCAUUUGGCAAUAUUCAAUUAAUACGCACAAAACAUAUGAACAAAAGCAUUCACUGUGAAAGUUGAUACAUGUAGGCCGUUCAUAUAUAGGCUUUGCGCAACACUUCGUUCAAUUUAUCCAAUUUAUCGAAUCAGUUAUUGUUUUCUUGCUCAAACCGUGAGCAACACCUGUCAAACCCAGACAUUUCUCUCAAAACCUAGGGAUGUCGAUUCGCACGGGACUAGUAUUAUCAGAGGACCUUGGAGGUUGCCAAAAAACAGUAGGUUAUUCUGGCUGGAAUUGUUACUCUCCUGCCAUGUACAAAUUACUACCAUGGCAGAUUCAGACGGGACUAACAUUACAGAUGUGGUGUUUUGUGCUUGGAGGUUGCCAAAAAAACAGUAGGUUAUUCUGGCUGGAAUUGUUACUCUCCUGCCAUGUACAAAUUACUGCCAUGGCAUAUUCGGACGGGACUAAAAUUACAAGUGUGGUGUUUUGUCCUUCACAGGUCCUCAACUGGCAGCUUCAUUAAAUAGUACCCGUAAAACACCAGUCUCAAUGUCAACAGUGAAGAGGUGACUCCGGGAUUGCUGACCUAGGCAGUUGCAAAGAAAAAGCCAUAUCUCAGACUGGCCAAUAAAAAGAUGGGCAAAAGAACACAGACACUGGACUUUUUCUUUGCAACUCUGCCUAGAUGGUCAGCAUUCCGGAGUCGCCUCUUCACUGUUGACGUUGAGACUGGUGUUUUGCAGGUACUAUUUAAUGAAGCUGCCAGUUGAGGACAUGUGAGGCGUCUGUUUCUCAAACUACACACUAAUGUAUUUGUCCUCUUGCUCAGGUGUGCACCGCGGCCUCCCACUCCUCUUUCUAUUCUGGUUAGAGCCAGUUUGCGCUGUGAAGGGAGUAGUACACAACGUUGUACGAGAUCUUCAGUUUCUCAGAACAAGAAUAGACUUACGAGUUUCAGAAGAAAGUUAUUUGUUUCUGGCCAUUUUGAGCCUGUAAUCGAACCUACAAUUGCUGAUGCUCCAGAUACUCAACUAGUCUCAAGAAGGACAGUUUUAUUGUUUCUUUAAUCAGCACAACAGUUUUCAGCUGUGCUAACAUAAUUGCAAAAGGGUUUUCUAAUUAUCAAUUAGCCUUUUAAAAUGAUAAACUUGGAUUAGCAAACACAACGUGCCAUUGGAACACAGGACUGAUGGUUGCUGAUAAUGGUCCUCUGUACCUAUAUGCCUAUGUUGAUAUUCCAUUAAAAAUCAGCUGUUUCCAGCUACAAUAGCCAUUUACAACAUUAACAAUGUCUAUUUUAUGUUAUUUUAAUGGACAAAAAAAUUGCUUUUCUUUCGAAAACAAGGACAUUUCUAAGUGACCCCAAAUUUUUGAACGGUAGUGUAAGUAGUAAAGUAAAGUACAGAUACAACCGCCCCCCCCCCCCCCACCCUACUUAAGUACUUUACACCACUUUGAAGACCCGGUCUGGUCGAACAGCUGUUGCCAAUAAACCACAUGGGAGCAUUGGCUGUAAUGUACAGAGAUCAUUUUACUGUCCUAAUGAGUGUUCUGUAACCAUGUAAUGAGGAUAUUAGUAGCCUGACCAGGCCAGUUCACUGCCCAGCACUGUGGCCGAGCUAAGCCAGCUCCAUCAUGAUCGGAUCACUCCACCAAAAACCCAGAACAUGCGAGGAAACAAACACAGACAUAUUACCAAACUUGCAUAAACUACAAACUUGCCAGAAAUAAAAGAUUGGGGAACUUGAUCAGUGCAAUACUGGUGUAUUGAUAGGGAAGAACAUAGGGGUUCAACAAUCAACAGUCCUUAGAGCAACAUUUUAAUAACUGAAAACCUUAUUCCUACCUGAACCUCUGGUUGAUUCUUUGAGUGCAAGUCCAAGGAAAUGUGUAAUCCAAUAGAAAAACAUUUAAAGUCAAUAAUCCAACAGAAAUCCAAAAGGCCAUUAUCAGGCCAAGAACGUAUAUUAACACAUUCUAUUCAUAGUUCCAUAAUUUCAUUUUUUUGUAGGGGCAAUGUUUCCUUUCAAUUUACUCUUACGCUUUCAUGGUAUAGUUAGAAAACGACAACACAAUCCGGUAGUUAUAGUUGGAACUCUCUUGACUCUUGAGUGACAGGGAGGAUGGUAAAAGCAGUCUAGCAGUCUCUGAGCUGCUGCAGCAGUGGGUCCUAUCUGUGGAGUCUAUUUUAGAUCAGGUGUUGCUCAUUUACAGUUUCAAUUCAUCCUGCCAAGUGAUGCCCUGAUUGGUCUGAAUCCCUCAGGUCCCACAGCAAUUCUCUCCUCAAGCUACCAUCGCUGCCUCCGUUUGACAUGCUCUCUGUUCUUCAAGUUUCAAUGCCUGAACAGAUCUGUCAUCUAGUCCACACACGUUAUCGUUGACUUGAACUAAAAGGGACUUGUUCUCUUGGUAGAAGUGUGCGUAGUUAAAAAGGCACUGUCUCUCUUAGGACACUGAGCUUUUUUUGUACUCAACUACCACUUAAACUCUAUUUAAAGGUGGCAGAACUCGCUUCCAGCUGCAUAACUGUGACAGCUCCUGGGUUGGGGUGCCCUUGAUUACUAGGGCUAUAACAAUACGUGGGAUGACCUGGUAUAACUAGGGCUAUAACAAUACAUGGGAUGACCUGGUAUUACUAGGGCUAUAACAAUACAUGGGAUGACCUGGUAUAACUAGGGCUAUAACAAUACAUGGGAUGACCUGGUAUAACUAGGGCUAUAACAAUACGUGGGAUGACCUGGUAUAACUAGGGCUAUAACAAUACAUGGGAUGACCUGGUAUAACUAGGGCUAUAACAAUACAUGGGAUGACCUGGUAUAACUAGGGCUAUAACAAUACAUGGGAUGACCUGGUAUAACUAGGGCUAUAACAAUACAUGGGAUGACCUGGUAUUACUAGGGCUGUAGCAAUACAUUUUGAUAGCAUGUACAGCAAGGGUGUCCAAUCUAAUCUGCCAAGGAACGGUGUGGGUGCAGGCUUUGCUCCAACCAAAGUAGUUUUGCAUCGUGACUCAUUCAGAGGUAAAUCAUGUUGUAUCCUUGAGUAUCAAUCCAGUAUUGAAUCAUAGUUCUGUCAGGUGAUUACAACCCUAUUGAUUUCCAUUCGGUAGAGGCUUGACUCAGUUUAACAGUAUCCCUGUUACCUGAGCUCUGCUGGCCAGAGAAGGUGGCCUCUUAUGAUCCCAUAUAUUGUAUUACAUGACUGAAAAGGUUUACCCCAUUUUGAAAAACUGAAAACGAAAUGCUCAUGGUAAAAAAAAGAGACAGUUUCUUCUAAUUGUUGUUGUGGCAUUUUAGAACGUCAUUCCAAACUACAGUAUCUACUAGUUAUGUCACGCUGACUUGCAACUUACAGUCAGUGCUUUCAACUAAUGUUGCAACUGUUUUGUUCUCUUGUGUUUGUGUCACAGUAUUUACAUGAGAAUGGGGUGGUGCACCGUGACCUGAAACCAGAAAACCUUCUGUACGCUGACCUCUCCUUGGACGCCCCGCUUAAGAUAGGUAACUACAUGUACCUGUAGGCUGUUACACACCUGACACCUUCCUAGAUCAACUGACUGUCUCCAAGAUCAACUGACUGUCUCCUAGAUAAACUGACUGUCUCCUAAAUGAACUGACUGUCUCCUAGACAAACUGACUGUCUCCUAGAUAAACUGACUCUCCUAGAUAAACUGACUGUCUCCUAGAUAAACUGACUGUCUCCUAGAUAAACUGAAACCUUCCUAGAUCAACUGACUGUCUCCUAGAUAAAUAUGUGUUGGCACUGAUGACAGUGCCACUGUUGGCAUUUUGGGAAUGUCACAUAUGAAACUUCCAAAUUUGUAUUUAUUUAAUUAUUCUCAUAUUACAGAUGGGGAAAGAUGUGUCUUGGUAUUCAUUCAUUACUAGUCUCUCCCCCAUCCAUAACUGAAGUUACGUCUGUUGGGACAUUAGGUAUACUGUAUGAGGCAUUCUUCUGGUGCGCAGUUUUUUGCAUUACUGAUUAUUUGGACUAAUCGCAAUUUCGCAUGGUGGCAUCUUUCACAUUUCGGAAGGGGAGGGGUUAAUUUGGCCCAAAGAUUGCCAAGAAGAUUUCAGAGGAGGGGGUGUUGACUUCGCCACUCGCACUAGGCGAAAAGUCUCAACGCUUCCCCCAAAACCAAAUCUCGAAUUUGAUUCUGGAUUCCAAGAUGAAUUCAUUACUGGCAGGAGUCGGGGAUCUGGACGUUUGAUAUAGCAUGAGCUACUUUGUUUACUACUGUACCUCGUGUUAUUGAUGUCCGUUCCAUUACUCCUAAGUAAUGGUUUGGUCACUAAAUUAACUAUCCCUCUGUAUCACACAGAACAUGUAACAUAAAUGAUAAAACAAUUAAAGAUGAUAAGGCCAAUGCUUGUCUCAUCCAUGCUUGUCUCAUAACUCCAAAAAGUUUUGGGACACUGUAAAGUCCAUGGAGAAUAAGAGCACUUCCUCCCAGCUGCCCACUGCACUGAGGCUAGGAAACACUAUCACCACCGAUAAAUCUACAAUAAUCGAGAAUUUCAACAAGCAUUUUGCUACGGCUGGCCAUGCUUUCCACCUGGCUACCACUACCCCGGCCACCAACUCUGCACCCUCCGCUGCAACUUGCCCAUGCCCCCCCCCCCCGCUUCUCCUUCACACAAAUUCAGACAGCUGAUGUUCUGAAAGAGCUGCAAAAUCUGGACCCCUACAAAUCAGCUGGGCUAGACAAUCUGGACCCUUUCUUUCUAAAACUAGCCGCCGAAAUUGUCGCAACCCCUAUUACUAGCCUGUUCAACCUCUCUUUCGUAACGUCUGAGAUCCCCAGAGAUUGGAAAGCUGCCGCGGUCAUCCCCCUCUUCAAAGGGGGUGACACUCUAGAUCCAAACUGUUACAGACCUAUAUCCAUCCUGCCCUGCCUUUCGAAAGUAUUUGAAAGCCAAGUUAACAAACAGAUCACCGACCAUUUUGAAUCCCACCGUACCUUCUCCGCUAUGCAAUCCGGUUUCCGAGCUGGUCAUGGGUGCACUUCAGCCACGCUCAAGGUCCUAAACGAUAUUAUAACCGCAAUCGAUAAUAGACAGUACUGUGCAGCCGUCUUCAUCGACCUGGCCAAGGCUUUCGACUCUGUCAACCACCGCAUUCUUAUUGGCAGACUAAAUAGCCUUGGUUUCUCAAAUGACUGCCUCGCCUGGUUCACCAACUACUUCUCAGAUAGAGUUCAAUGUGUCAAAUCGGAGGGCCUGUUGUCUGGACCUAUGGCAGUCUCUAUGGAGGUGCCACAGGGUUCAAUUCUUGGGCCGACUCUUUUCUCCGUGUAUAUCAAUGAUGUCGCUCUUGCUGCUGGUGACUCUCAGAUCCACCUCUACGCAGACGACACCAUUUUGUAUACAUCUGGCCCUUCAUUGGACACUGUGUUAACAAACCUCCAAACGAGCUUCAAUGCCAUACAACACUCCUUCAGUAACCUCCAACUGCUCUUAAACACUAGUAAAACUAAAUGCAUGCUCUUCAAUCGAACGCUGCUGGCACCUGCCCACCCUACUAGAAUCACCACUCUCGACGGGUCUGACCUAGAGUAUGUGGACAACUACAAAUACCUAGGUGUCUGGUUAGACUGUAAACUCUCCUUCCAGACUCACAUUAAGAAUCUCCAAUCCAAAGUUAAAUCUAGAAUCGGCUUCCUAUUUCGCAACAAAGCCUCCUUCACUCAUGCUGCCAAACAUGCCCUCGUAAAACUGACUAUCCUACCGAUCCUUGACUUCGGCGAUGUCAUUUACAAAAUAGCCUCCAACACUCUACUCAUCAAAUUGGAUGUAGUCUAUCACAGUGCCAUCCGUUUUGUCUCCAAAGCCCCAUACACUACCCACCACUGUGACCUGUACGCUCUUGUUGGCUGGUCCUCACUACAUGUUCGUCGUCAAACCCACUGGCUCCAGGCCAUCUAUAAAUCACUGCUAGGCAAAUCCCCGCCUUAUCUUAGCUCAUUGGUCACCAUAGCAGCACCCACCCGUAGUCUGCGCUCCAGCAGGUAUAUCUCACUGGUCAUUCCCAAAGCCAACACCUCUUUUGGCCGCCAUUCCUUCCAGUUCUCUGCUGCCAAUGACUGGAACGAAUUGCAAAAAUCUCUGAAGCUGGAGACUCCUAUCUCCCUAAUAAAUAAAAAAAAUAAAUAAAUGUACACUGAGUGUACAAAUCAUUAGGAACUCUUUCCAUGACAUAGACUGACCAGGUGAAUCCAGGUGAAAGAUAUGAUCCCUUAUUGAUGUCACUUGUUAAAUCCACUUCAAUCAGUGUAGAUUAAUGGGAGGAGACAGGUUAAAGAAGCAUUUUUAAGCCUUGAGACAAUUGAGACAUGUAUUUUGUAUGUGUGCCAUUAAGAAGGUGAAUUGGCAAGACAAAAUAUUUAAGUGUCUUUGAAUGGGGUAUGGUAGUAGGUGCCAGGCGCACCACUUUGAGUGUGUCAAGAACUGCAACGCUUUUGGGUUUUUCAUGCUGAAAAAAUCCAAUUUUUAUCAAGAAUGGUCUAGCACCAAAGGACAUCCAGCCAACUUGAAACAACUGUGGGAAGCAUUGGAGUCAACAUGGGCCAGCAUCCCUGUGGAGCACAUUCAACACCUUGUAGAGUCCAUGCCCCGACGAAUUGAGUCUGUUCUGAGGGCAAAAGGGGAAGCAACUCAAUAUUAGGAAGGUGUUCCUAAUGUUUUGUCCACUAACACUAAACCAUUCAAAUGUAUAAUAAUAACACUAAACCAUUAUCUGAUCUUCACAGCUGACUUUGGCCUCUCAAAGAUAAUAGAUGAGCAAGUGGCCAUGAAGACGGUGUGUGGCACGCCUGGAUACUGCGGUGAGUUAUAAAUUGACAGAUAUAUCCCAAUGUGAAUAUGAUUGUAGGAUCAGGGUCGUCUUGUGUGUUGUGACACUAACGCAGUGUUUAUUGAUUGGUGCUUCCCAUUGAACCAUAACAAAACAAAUUGCAAGGUCACACUAAUGAAGGGAAAUAGAGGUCACAGCGUGUGACUUUAAAGGGGCAACCCGGGAUUGGCUAGGAAAUAUUGAGAUAUAUUACAUAGAUACAUACAUUGUGAGAUUGAUAUCAGUCAAAUGAAUCAUCCUCAAACACAACAAAUUGUUGGGGCGCACUAUUAUUAUUUAUUAUUGAAAUAUAUAAAAUGUAAUAUGAGAUGGACGAGAGGAAUAAAGCACAGAAAGUUAGUGGGGUAAUGGGGAAACGAACAGCUGCCUCCAGGGGCAUAUGUGGUCCGUGGGCUGCAGCACUACAACUAGGCCAGCCCCCGGGGCCGCACGGUUUAAUGGAGGCUACAGCGGGCAGCUUUCAAGGAAAUAACAUUCAUAGUUCAUACUGUGUUUAUGAGGGACUAAUAUGAGUCAAAAUGAACUGUCCUGUGCCUGUGUGGGAGAUGACAGCUGGCUCUCACUCUCUCCCUCUCCAUCCCUCCAUCUCUCCCUCCCGCCGUCCGUCUCGCCCUGCAGCUCCAGAGAUCCUCAGAGGCAAUGCCUAUGGUCCUGAAGUGGACAUGUGGUCUGUGGGAGUGAUCCUGUACAUCUUGUGAGUAAAAAACAACAACUUUAAAAUCUGUCCCAAGAUCUGCGUGUACUCAGUGUGGGUAGCUGUCAAUCUGAUGACAAAUUGAAGUCCUCUCAUCGCAGUAUUGCAGCGAAUCUAAUCUUAGAUCUUUCCCUUUCUCCUAUGGAUUCUGGAUGUAAUAUGCUGUUUCAAGUAUAUAACAGAGGUCCCGUAUCUGUCUUUAAAACAAGUGAGAGUGAUGAAACAAACAAAUAAUUAAAGGGAAAUGUUGCCUCUGCCCUCAGGCUGUGUGGGUUCGAACCAUUCUUCGAUCCGAGGGGAGACCAGUACAUGUACAGCCGCAUCCUCAACUGCGACUAUGAGUUUGUCUCCCCCUGGUGGGACGAGGUCUCCCUCAACGCUAAGGACUUGGUAGGUUCCACCGUUUACUUCAAACAGAGGCUUUUAUUAUGAAAAACGCUUAUACUGUAUUUGAAGGUCUGCUUAUGAACAGCUAAUAGACAUUAUUGCUUUCUUUGCUAACGGUUGAAUUAUGUAAAUGUGGGUACAAGGGCUGUUAUUUGUUAUUGAUUACAAGACCUUUUAAUACAUGGGGCUCUAUUUUCAACUGGCGUUAAGGAGGCGCUAGUGUCAAACGCACGUUUGUUGGCAAUUUCGACCUAUGCCUCGAUCACACAACAUAACGCUGCGUUUGCCUUGCAGCAUUGCGUUACAGAGGCAGUUGCAGUGCGUUCUGUGUGGUGCAUACGUUGGAUUCAUUAAAUGUAUGCAUCAAACUAUAUGCGUAGACGGCUUGACAGAAAUGGUAGCAGAAGGUGAAUGUUGAACUUUUGUUGCACACAUAUCCAGAUGAUGCUGCGUCCCAUUUUGCGCAAUGACGCUGUCGGUGUGAUCGAGGCGUUACAGCCAGCACGUUGUUGCACAAGGAUUUUACCUGUCUUAUAUCAGAUCGCUUGCGCUCAGAUGGGAGGGGUGGAAAUAUUUUAGGUGUGUCCUUACAGGGCGGCAGGUAGCCUCGAGGGUAGAGCAUUGGGCCAGUAACUGAACGGUCGUUGGUUCAAUACCGAAGCUUUCUGUACCCUUGAGCAAAGGUCUUAACCCUAAUUGCUCCAGGGUCGCUGUACACUCACUGCGGAAGUCUCAGGGGGAGUUGGGGUAUGCAAUAAACACACUUGUGUGUAACAGGAAAAUUAAAAGCACCCCCCAAAUAAUAAAAAUGUGAUCCAAAGUGCUCAUUUCAGGCAGUGCAUGUGUCCUACACCCUCCAUGAUGUAGGCUACAUGUGCCCAUCGAGAGAUGAGAACCUUGGUUAAUACCGGUGAACCUAGUAUGUAGAAGUAACUUUCCUGUAUCAAUUGCUUGUUUCUUAUGUUGAAAAUCACUGAUUAAAAAAGAUAUACAAGGAUCUUGAGCAUACUCUCCAGUGGAAAACUGUUAUUGGGGAGGAGUCUAUAUUAAAGAAAAUUAUGUCAUAAAUGUGAACAUUCCAUUGAUAAUUUGGUGUGUCUAAAUCCAGUGUCACUUGGUGUUAGUACAUUUAAAUGAAGGGAAAUAACAUUCAGCAAAAUGAUUAAUCAUAUCACUUUAGUAAAUUAUUUUGAAAGGGUUGAUGACCUUAGAUUUGAGCAUUUGUGGCCUCCAUUUCAGAAAAUCAUUACUACUGGUGGCACAAUGUUAUAAUGGUUAAAAUAAUUGAAAGUCAUUAAGUUACCACUACAAAUACCCUACCAUACUAGUUGAUGUAGAAUGAGAUGAUGUACCCGAAAAAUAUAUAGAAAAAUGUAUAUGCCCAAAUGCCAUAGUAAUUCAAGAAUGACCCGUAUAUGACAAAUAUAAGAUGUAGAACAGUACUGUAACAUUUGUUAGGUUGUAAAAUUUAGUAAAAUGGAUAUGUAACCUUUCAUACAAUUUCUCUCAUGCUUCAUGGCCAGUUGGUCAAAAAGCCAUUACUGCUUGGCAUAUGUUGUAUAACCUCCUGCCAAACAAGCAUAAAACUCCCAAUAAAAAAUAAGCCUGACUUUUCUUCUGUGAAUCACUUGCUCUGGGCCGAAUUCAAUCAACUUUGCUUCAGCACCGUUAAUACAUUUUCUUUCUUUACACAACUACCGUCUUUAUCAGGCCUGGGUCAAAUACAUGUAAAAUACUUAUAAUAUUCGAGUUGUGCUGGAUUUAGUUUGGGGUUUUAGUUUUGCACUUUUGGGACUAUUCCAUUGCUGCCACUGUACAAGGUCAACUAAGUCAAAAACAACCUCUCUCCCGUUGGCUGUCCCCUCAGGUCAGUAAGCUGAUAGUGCAGGACCCCCACAAGAGGCUGACAGUGAAGGAGGCCCUGGAGCACCCCUGGGUACUGGGCAAGGCUGCCCGCUUCUCCCACAUGGACUCGACUCAGAGGAAGCUACAAGAGUUCAACGCCCGGCGCAAACUCAAGGUGAGCGAUGGGCUUGAUGUUGGGGCCCAGUAUGGGGGCAGAUGAGUGCUUUAUUUUUGAAUAAUAAAAAAUUGACCAAUGUAUAAAUUAGCAGCAAAAGUAGAUCUCAUAGCUGUUCCAAUAAUUUGAAAGAAAAACUUUUUUCAAAAGAAAUGUAGGGCUCGAUUCAAUCCGUAUCGCUGAAGUUCAGUGCUAUAGGGCGGCAGGUAGCCUCGAGGUUAGAGCAUUGGGCCAGAAACUGAAAGGAGCCGACAAGGUGACACAUAUGUCGCUGUGCCCUUGAGCAAGGCACUUAACCCCAAUUGCUCAAGGGGCACUGGACAAUGGUGAGCCUGGCUGUGACCUGCCACUCUCUGUGGGUAACUCAGGGGGAGUUGGGAAAUGCAAGAAACACAUUUCCAUUACACACUUGUGUGUAACAGGACAAAUAUAAGCACGCCCCAAAUUAUUAUUGAAAGUUAAUUUCUGAUUAAGUCGACUGAACGCAGUCUCAGCGAACAUUGCCUUUAAAUUUCAAUUGUGCUAUAACUCUGAACUUCAGCGACAUGGAUUGAAUUGAGCCCUCACUCAGAGUAAUGCACUUUUGAUGACAAUAGACAUCAACAAACAUUGCAGUUCUAAUGAUUGUAUGCUGUCCUGAUCCUCUUGGGAAAUGUAAGCUUGUGGCCCAACCAUCGUCUUGAUUGGAAUGUAUGAACCUAAUCACCACUAUUGUUACAUUGAAAUUCAGAUUCUGGCUGAAGCACAGCUGUAUGCCUUGUCUCUGAGGCUCUCGUGGCAGGCUUGGUGACUGACAGCGGUGUGCCAUGUUUCUCUGACUGCAGGCUAUCAUGAAGGCUGUGGUGGCCACCAGCCGUAUGCACGAGGGCUCCCGGCGGCGGACAGACAGCUGCGAUAUGCCCGGCUCCGACAAGACCACCUCCAGGCAGAGCAGCAUGCAGCAGGACCCUCCCCAAGACCAGGACCCUCCCCAGGACUCCCAGGAGGGCCAGGCCUGCCAGGGAACGGACACUGCCCAGACCCAGGAGGAGGACCAGUGCCCCCCGCCCCUCCCACCACGCUGCCCCAGACCCUCCACCACCACCCCUCCUCUACUGGCUGGAGCUCCUUCCCCCUCCUGCCCACCCACCAGGCCCCCGCUAAGGGGAGUUGAUGGACAGAGACAGAUGUCGGUCAUCCCUAAGACCGCAGUGGUACGGCCUAUGGUGCCCCAGAAGAGCUGCUCCUCUGUGGACUCCGCCACCACUAAGCGGGAGCCGUCCUUCCCGGUCCUGACCACUCCCCCGAGCCCCAAAAGCCUCGGCAACGGAUUCUCCACGGGGGUGGAGUCUGGCAGCAAAACAGCACAGUGUCAGUGA